AAUUUAUCUUCAUAAUAAGACCCAGAUUGGCAAAGUUGAUGAAAUCUUUGGCCCAAUCAAUGAAUCCUACUUUUCUAUUAAAAUGAUGGAAGGAAUUGUGGCAAUUUCAUAUACGGCGGGUGACAAGUUCUUCAUUGAUCCGGCUAAGUUUUUGCCACUACAAAGAUUUCUUACACAGCCAAAGGGACAACAAGCUGCUGCUCGAGGUGGAGGACCGGGGGGAGGUAGAGGUGGUGCGAGAGCUGGCGGAAGAAGCGGUGGGCGUGGGUUUGGUAGCUUUCGUGGAAGGGGUGCUCCAAGGGGUGGCAGAAGUGGCUCAAGAGGUGGCAGCCGUGGUGGAGGAUUCAGGGGCAGAGGAAGGGGAUAGAAUACCAGUUUGUGCUUCUAUGUAUUGGUAUUUUCCUCUCAAGCUAUCAUUACCAGAUGCUUCGGAUUAGCUAGAAUAGUUUUAUGAUAUAUUAACUCUUGGUUGGUAGCGAAAUGAGUACUUGGUCUGUUUUUCUACUUCACAAAAUCUUUAUUGCUUGGGAGGCUUGGGGGUGACUCAAAAGCAACUAGAUGGAAGAAAAAACUUAUGCAACUUCAGUUGCACUCC